AUGAAGGCCACCAGGGAUGCCGGCAGCGAGCAUGCCGCUCAGGCAGUCGCCGUCAUGGCCGCCACGGGAGAAGAGGGUGUUUCGCUGAAUUCCCUCUGGGAUGCCAUCCGCGAUCACCUCCAGCCGUUGAACGAGGAUACGAGGGAGCUGGUCCGGGCCAGGGUCGAGGCCUUUCAGAGGAGAUGCGCUGUGCUCGGCGCCCAAGCAGAGCAAGGUCAGGUCGAGCAAGAACACGAGCUGCAGGCUGUGAAGACUCAGUUGGAGAAAGAAUCUUCAGCCUUGAGAGAUUCCAGCCAGAGGGUCACCCAGUUAGAAGGAGACUUAGAGACCUGGAAGCAAAAGUGCGCGGAAGCCGGACGCAAGCUCGACAGCCAUGAAGCCAAGGUGGAAUCUCUGGAGAAGGAGAAGAGGAAGCUGGAAGAGGAGUCAAAGGAGCUGGGGAUGAUGCUGGAGAGGAAGGGCAACGAGAUACUCCGCUACCAGCAGGAAUACAAGAACAUCACUGAGCAGCUGAUCGCGGCAAGUACAGCCAAGUGCCAGGCCUGCCUUCGGGUCGAAGAGCUCGAGUACCAGCAGAGGGAAUGGAAGCACAAGGGGAAGCACUGGGAGGAGGAGAAGCAUCUGCUUGAGAAGCAGGUGGAACAGCUGACAAAGGAACUCCAGGAGAAGGUGGAAGCAUCUCUCGACACCAACCGCGAGAAAUCCACCAAGCUUCUUCAGGCACAGCUAUGUCUCUCAGAGAAGAUUGAGGAGCUGCGAAUGAGUGAAGGAACGAUCGAGGCCCUCCGAUCCAAGACGGAAAAGCAGGAGAAGCACGUAGAGGAGCUAAAUGAGACGUUGCACAACCUCAGAGCAUCCAUGCAAGAUCUUGAAGACAAAUACAGGCAAGAGGUGAAAGCUCAGAAGAAGCUUGUGGCCAUAUAUGAAGAGGCAGCAGUGUCCUCAGAGCAGAAGUGCCAGGAGAUGGAGCGGGCCCUGGGGGAGAUGCAGGGUCAGCUGGACGGCGAAGUGAAGGCCAGGGCCGACCUCGAGGAGGACCUCGUGAGGGCGAAGGGGGAGCUGGAGGAGGAGCAGAAGAAGAGGGCUGCUGCCAUUGCCACACUGCAGAGGGAGCUCAAGGAUGCCAAUUCUUUGAUUGAAAGCCUUAAAAGAAGAGGGCCCAGUGGGAAAGGAGCGGAGAUUCUCUCGGAGUCUGCUGCAGCUGCAGCGAAAGUCUUCCAGUCUGGGUUCAGUCUCACCCAGCUCUACUCCGAAUACAUCUCCGUGUCGGAGGCCCUGGAGACUUCCAAGGCGGAGAACCAUCGCCUGUCGACCUACAUCGACCAGAUAUUGGCUGAAAUCGAGGAGAGAGCACCAUCCCUGCAGAAGAUGAAGGAGGACCGGGACCAUGCCCUGGAGACGAUCAAUGCCCUCUCGAAGCAGCUGGAAGGAGCCAUGAGAGACAAGCACGAGAUCUCCUACCGCCUGCUCGAGGCGGAGAAGAACGUCAGAGCUGCAGAGGCGGAGAAGAAUGCCACUCUCCAGACGCUGGCCGAUCUCAAAACACAGGUGCUUUGUUUGCUGAAAGAAGUGGAGAAGUUGAAAGGGAAGGAAAUCUCAGAUUCGCUGUCAGAAGGGGAAUCUGAAGUCUCAUCAACGGCAGAUUCACAGCAGUUGAUCUCGGAGAAGUUGGUGAGGUUCCGAGACCUGGAGGAGCUGCAGGAGCAGAAUCAGAAUCUCUUGACGACCAUCAGGGAUCUCACUUCCCACUCGGAGGAUAUCGAAAUCCAAGCAGCCCAAAGGAAGGAGAAGGAGUAUCAGGAAAAGUUGGAUGUGCUGGAAAAGGAGCUGCAGCAACUGAAGGCCUCAAGGGAGAGGCAGGAAUUGUUGAUGGAGAAUUUUGCUCGACAGAGGGACAUGUAUCGCCAGCUGGCCUCCCAUGAUCCGUCUGUCAGGUCUCCUCCGUCGUCCUUCAGUCAACCCGAUCAGGCAAUUGCAGAAUCAACACCCAUCAGGAAGGAGGGCUCUCCAUCUGUAAUAAAACUCAGGGAAAUGGAAGGUGCGCUGGAACGAUUGAAGGAGGAGUAUGCCUCUUAUCGGAGGGAGAAGGAAGAACACGAGAGGAUGCUCAAUCAGAGGAUUGAGAGAUAUGAGGAAAUAACAGCUACUGCUCAGAUGAAACAGGUCAAGUUGGAGUCCAAAGUUGAAUACAGCGAGGAGCGGUUGAAAAUAGUCAAGACCAACUUGGAGUCAUACAAGAAGCAAAUCACAAUGCUCGAGGAGCGAAAUAAACAAUAUUCAGCAACUAAUGCGAAGCAAGAACAAACCAUCCUAGCCCUUCAAGAUGAAGUGCUGAAAGCGAAGUCAGAGGUCCACCGCCUCGAAAUCACCAACGAGAACCUCCGCAAGGAGAAGGAGCUCCUGAAGGUGUCCGAGGCCCGUCUCACGCACGAGAAGGAGUACUUGAGUCGGGAGGCCAGGACCCAGGGCUCGGUUAUGGCCAACCUGGAGGCCAUCAAGCUGCAGCUGGAGAAGGCGGAGUCCUUCUCGAAGAUGCAGAUGGAGAAUCAGAUGGAAGACCUGAAGAACGAGGCGGCGAGAUUGCGGACCGAGUGUGAGAACGUGGAGACCCGGAGGAAAGAGGCAGAGAGGCAGCUCCUCUUGGCCCGGAACAAUGAAGAGGACCAGAAGACCCAGGUGGAGAGCCUGAAGCGGCAGCUGCAGGAAGGGAAGAACCUGAUUGCAGAGCUGCGAGAGGAACUUGGGAAGCUGCAAAACUGCAACAACCUUGAUGGACAACUGCUGAAGAGCGAAUGCGAGAGCCUGCGAUCCCAGUUGGAGGGGAGUCGGAAGCGCGAAGAGGAACUCAAGAAGCUCGUGGCCCAGGCCGAGGAAGAUCUCAGGGCUGCAGUUGAGCAUCAGGCCGAAUUGCAGCAGCGAAUGGAUGCAAAAUUGAAAGCCACACAGGAGGAAACACAGAAUUUGGAAAAGAAGAAUGCAGAGCUCAACAAAGGGAAGGAGGAGCUGCAGGUGAAGCUGAAGGCUCUCGAAGACGAGCUGCAGCGAGCGGCAGCGUCUCAGGCGGCGCUGAUCGAAGAAAGCAAAGGGAAGCAGCAGGAGGCAGAUGAUGCCCUGGAGAAGGAGAGGGCUGCUCGGGAAAGCCUUGCAGAUCAGCUGAGGAUGACGCACGAGGCCGAAGACCGCUACGAGCAGGAGGUCAUCCGGCAUGGUGCCGACAUGGAAGCCCUCAAGGUGCUGAGAGAUCAGUUGCAGGAACUUCAGGGAAAAGCAGCCGAACUGGAGGAAGAGAAACAGGGACUGCUCUUCAAACUCACUGAGAAAGAAAGAACCUGGAAGGAGCAGGAGGAGUCCUGGAACGGGAAGGAGCAGAGCCUCCAGGAACGGAUAUCUGUGCUGGAGGAGCAGAACAUGACCUUGCUCCAGGAAGUCGAGACCCUUUCAGCAACCUUCACGAGCCUCCGUGACUCGUCUGGAUCUGGAGAGGGGCUGAACAUCUCCAUCACAGAGGAGAACCUGAGCAAGUCCCAGGAGCAGCUGAUGGAGGUGAUCAAGUUCCUGCGGAAGGAGAAGGAGCUGGCCAAGACGCGGCUGGACGUCGUCGAGGUGGAGUCCCUGCGUCUGAAGGCGCAGCUCAAGGUGUCGCAGAACGAACUCACGACCGUCAAGGUCCAGCUGCUCGAGGCUCAAGAUAAGACGCAGAUGGGACUGAUGUCUUCAGAGGAGCAUGCAGAAUUGCUUCACAAAGUGGAGCUGAUGACAACAUUGACUGCUAACAAUCGAAUCUUGAGAGAGGAGAGGGAUGCGUUUCAGACAAGGAGCAAGGAGCUGGAAGCCAGGAAUCAGGAAUUGGAAACUGGCCUCCGUCCCCUGCAGGAGAGGGUGAGGGAGCUGGAUGGCCGAAUAGAGGUCCUCACCUCGGAGAAUGCCACGCUGAAGGGGGAGGUGAAGAGGUGGCAGCAGCGGGCUAACUUCCUCCUCGAGAAGUCCAAUCAGAUCAACCCCGAAGAGCACCGGCGUCUCACGCGGGAAAAGGAGGAGUUGACUGGGAAGCUCCAAACCGUCCUGCAAGAGAAGUCUGCCCGCGACAGGGAUGUGGAGAAGCUCAGAGUGGAUGUGGGACAAUUGUCUGCCCUCAACUCGACCCUCACAGAUGAUGUCAAGAAGGCACAAGUAGAAGUCAUACGGCUGCGUCAACAGGCUUACAACCAAGGAGAGGAGGUGAAGCAACUGCAGAAGAAACUUGGAGAGAACGAAACUCAAAUAAAUCAACUCAUGACAGAUGUAAAGACCAAAGACCUUGAAAUCACCAAAAUGAAGGAGGAACUGGAAGCUCGAAGUGUGAAACUCAACGAUCUCCAGAAGGAUAUCACUCAGGUGAAGAAGAUAGCCCGAAAGUACAGGACCCAGGCAGAGGAGCUGCAGAAGGGCCAGGAGGGAAUGCAGGCAGAGCUGGAGGGUGUGAAGGCACAGCUGAGGGAGAAGGAGACCCAGCUGUCCAACCAGGCUCCAGCUGCUCCAGACCAGUCCCUGCUGGAUCAGGCAAAGGAGGCUGGUCGGCAAGAGGCCACCAGGGAGCUUGAGGCCAAGGUUCAGGAACUAAGUCAGCAGGUGAAGGAAAUGGAAGCAUCACACAAAGAAGAGAAAGAUAACAACGAGAAGCAGAAGGAGAAGGCGAGGCAGACCAUCGAAAACUUCCGCAACAAGCUCAAGACCCUCACCCAACUGAGAGAUGAGAUCAAGGCCCAGAAGGAGAGGGUCGAGGCAGAGCUCCAGACGCUGAGAGGGGCAUCUACCCCAGAUGCGAUGGGAGAGGCAAUGAAGUCCCAAUACGAGGGAAGGAUUGUACGCCUGGAGAAGGAGCUUACAGAGGUGAAGGCCGAAAAGGAUAUUCUCCAGCAGCGCCUGGCACUUUUGCAGACAAAAAGCACUAUGGCGGUGAGUGGGAGUGCCGGAAUGGGACCGGCUGGGGUGGUCACUGCUGCUAACAUUCGUCCCUCUGUCCAGACUCCUCCCUCAGCGACCAUAUAUCCCCAGAUUUCAUCGGCGGCAGUCAUGCGGGUUCAGCCGAUCCGUCACGCCAUGGCAGGAACAACCGUCAUCUUCACUUCGACUCAGCCGCCGACUCGAACUGCCACUGUCAUGCCCACACAUCUCUCAUCCACUUCUUCCAUCGAGAGUGUGGGAAUGGGAGAAUUGGGCAGUGCUCCUCGGGUGGUCGUCCAGCCCAGCGUGCAGGAGACGCCUCCCUUGGCGAGACCGAUGCGGAGCACGGCCACCACGACGCCCAUCAUACGAGAGGCUGGAGGCAGCGUGUUUCACAUCGGUUCGACCGAGUUGACCAUUCGAGAGGUCGGUGAGAACUCGGGGAUGGGAGAAGGAAACGUCGCAUUGGUCGUGCCGAACACUUCUCUCAUCGGGACUCCAGCUGCAUCUUCGUCUCUAGCUGCAGUUACGUCUACUUCUUCAAUUCCCUCUGCUCCUGCAAUACAGAUACAGCCUGUUCCAGGGCCAUCGUCUGGUGCAUCUGCCAUAUCUGCCCCUGUGAAGAGAAAGCUUCCAGAGUCAGCAGUUGAUUCUGGACAAGCUCAGCUGAAGAGAGCAAAGGAAGAAAGAGGAGAAGCUGAGUCUCAGAGAGAGAGACAAGAGCCUGUGGAGGAGGAUGACGUGAUCGUCAUAGAAGAUUCUCGGGAAGCAGACGAAGGGGGCAUCGUCAUUGAUGACAGUCAGGAAGAGCCAGAGGGAGAGGAGAGGAGGGAUGAGGAGGAAAUUGAGGAAGAAAACCCCGAGUAUGAUGGAGUAGAGGAAGAGGAAAAAGACAACGAUGAGGGUGUCGAGGAGGACGACGAAGAAACCGAGAGGGAGGCCUUGGACGAGGAAGAGGAAGUAGAAGACGAAGAUGAAGAACUUGACGAAGAGGAGGAGAUAUCAGACGAGGAGGAAGACGAUGAAGGGGAGAAGCAGGGAAUGAGCACGGCCGACGAGGAGGAAGAAGACGACGAUGUGACCGUGAUCGAGGAACCGACUGCGGAAGGGGCCACUGAUGAUGGAGGAGAUGGAGAUGGAGAUGCAGGAGACGUGGAUGGUGGCCAAGAAGGUGAGGAGGAGGGACAGGAGAGGAUCAGGAUGGCAGUGGGGGAUGGAGGGGCUCAGAGCGUGAGUGCUGCCACAGACAUGGGGCCAGGACCCGGAGGAGACACGAGCAUGUUGAGCCUACCUGUCGGAAGGCCUGGCCUGAGCUCCACGAGCGGCUUCGAAGAGGCCGGGGACGAGGGGAUCGUUCCGAGCACUCCCACUCUUUACCCAGCUAGAUUCCCAGGGGAAGUGACUGUCGUCUCUUCACCUGGUGAUAGAUUCAUCUUCUCCACUCCCACUCAGCCUGGAAUCGGAGCACCAUCGCACUUGGAAUCCGAGGACGCACAGAUGAUGGACGCCACGCGAGUGGACUUGAGUCAAAUGGGCGAAGCUCGUGGGGACAUCAUUGUCGGCCAGCACGUCUCUAUGUCUCACAUUCCGGAGGGACCAGGGGAUUCGAACCAGUCCGGAGGCCAAGAAGUCCCCGAGUCGACGCAGGAGGAGAUGGAGCCUGAAGCCGGCGAGGGGGGCAACGAAGGUGACACGGGUGAAAUGCAGGAAGGGGACGGAAGUAGUCAGAGCCAGCUCGAAAUGCCGUCUUCGUCAGGUCGGUCGUACGCUCGGCUCGCUUUGGCAUUGCCUUUUGUUGGUGAAAACUAG